AUGGCUUCAGAGAAGUCAUUGACUAGUGAUGUUGAGGAAAACAGAUUGCAACCAUCCACUCUGUCCAUACCUUGGCGACAACGAUUUCGCUCCCAUCUUGUGAUUGUCUCACUCUUUCUCUGUCUGUUUCUGGCUGCACUCGACACCACUAUAGUUGCACCCGCAUUGCCAGUCAUAGCCAGCCAUCUCCAUGCGACGACAUCGGAAUAUACUUGGGUUGGCAGCGCCUAUACCCUCGCUAGUACUUCCACAACUCCCCUCUGGGCGAGGAUAUCAGACAUCUGGGGCCGCAGGAUGAUUUUAAUGAUUGCCAAUGUUGUUUUUCUAUGCGGGAGCGUUGUCUGUGCGCUUAGUAGAACCCCUCUCAUGCUGAUCGGAGGACGAGUGUUACAAGGAGUGGGCAGUGGGGGAAUUAUUGUGAUGGUGACAAUAAUAGUUGCUGAUCUAUUUCCCAUUCGCGAAAGGGCGAAAUAUUAUGCAUUGACGGGGGUUGUAUGGGCUAUCUCCAGUGGUGUCGGUCCUAUAUUGGGGGGAGUAUUCACACAAACAAUUGGCUGGCGUUGGUGCUUCUAUAUUAACCUGCCGUUCGAUGGCCUCUCACUGGUUAUUCUGUUUUUCUUCCUGCAUCUUGAGCCAGUGACCACAUCUGUUGCCACCCUCCGCUCAUUUGACUGGGCUGGCUCCGUUUUGGUUGUUGGAGGGACUGUCAGCUUCUUAUAUGGACUCGAAUCAGGGAACGGCAACGAACAUAGCUGGGACUCGGCCUUUACCCUGGGCCUAAUCAUUGGGGGAAUUUUGAUUCUGGUCAUAUGGGGAUAUUAUGAGUGGGCUGUCGCCAAGUGCCCUGUCAUUCCCCUCCGCAGUCUCGUCAGUCGGUCAACGGUCCCUUGCCUUCUGACAGCUUUUUGUCACAGUUUCACUUUCAUCUCCUAUAGCUACUUCAACCCGCUUUACUUUCAGACAAUUCUUGGCGUCAGCCCCAUUCAGUCCGGCCUAUACUUAUUUGCCCUGGUGCUACCCUUAUCCGCCAUGACGCUCGCCAGCGGAUUUUUCGUGCAACGCACAGGCAAAUUCCGCCCAGUGAUCUGGAUUGGAUGCUUUAUCAUGACGACAGGAACAGGAUUGUUCAUCGAUUUUGGACCCCGCCUAGUGUUAUGGAAAAUUGUGGUCUACCAGUUCAUUGCUGGGAUUGGCUCUGGACCACUAUUCCAGGCCCCGAUGAUCGCCUUUCAAAACUCGCUGAAGCCUGAGAACGUGGCUGCCGGGAAUGCAGCUCUGGCAUUUCUAAAGAAUCUAGCAACGUCUCUAUCUCUAGUGAUCGGGGGUGUGGUGGCGCAAAGUGGAUUAGGUGACCUUCGUUUGUCGGACUCGGGCUCAAAUGCAGAGGCCGGGGAUAAUGACGGAGGAGGAACAGUCGACCGCACUUCUUUCGUGGCUGGUUUGAGUAAUAUGUGGAUCUUUUAUACAGCUAUUUGUGGUAUCAUGACUAUUGCCUCUCUUACCAUUAAAAAACGCAGACUGGGUGAUGAGCAUGACAGUGAUGAGAGGUAG